AUUCAAUGACUGUUCCACUGGCUACGAUAGGCGUCAUCUCGAUCGGUGAGAUGGGAUUGGGGAUUGCCAAGUUACUCAAAGCAAGUGGUUAUCGCGUGGUAACCAAUGUCGCUGGCCGAAGGCAUUAUGAACAUCAAGACACACAUGAUCGAGCCAGGUCGGCAUCAGUAGACUUGGUUUCGACAGACGAAGAACUGGUAGCGACUUCGGACUAUAUCAUCUCUAUCGUACCUCCCCGAGAUGCCAUGGCGACUGCAGAACGUGUUCUAGGAGGCAGCAAAAACGCAUCCUUCACCAAAAGAGACAAGCCGCUGUACUAUCUCGAUAUGAAUGCUGUAUCGCCAAAGUUGGUCAGGGGUAUGAGUGAUCUCUUUGAAGCCGCUGGCAACAACGUUCGAUUCCUCGACGGAGCCGUGAUUGGCAGUGCACCCAGUCUGAAAGACGAGCAGGCAGAUCCAUCUAAGCUCGAAGCGUGGAAACGGCCAGGCAUUCCCAUGUCUGGACCGGUUCGACUGGUAGACGCAGAACCAAGUGGUUCGGAUCUCGCCAACGUACUCGGAGCUCGACACAUCUCGGACGAAAUAGGCGCUGCAUCGGGACUAAAGAUGAGUUUCGCGGCUCUGACCAAAGGGUUUACUGGACUGGCCAUUCAGUCAUUCACAACAGCUCAUCGCCUGGGUGUCCUGCCAGAAUUGCAGCAGCAUUUACAACAGUAUAGCCCAAAGACGUUUGAUCUGGCCAAUGCUUCGAUGCCUCGGCUGCCACCAAAGGCUUACCGCUGGGUUCGAGAGAUGGAAGAGAUCAACGCCACUCUGUUAGAGGAUGGUGGGUUCGAAAACGAAGAGUCGAUCUUCAGUGGUAUUGCCAGAACUUAUGACUUGGUUGCUCACGGCACAGACCUAGGUCAGGAGAAGACUGAGAGGAGGAACAGAGGAAAGACGGCCGAGGACGUGGCCUUAUUGAUGAGCGAAGGUAUCAAUAGACGAAAGCAGAAGAUGGAU